AGGCUGCCUGUGUGACGUCACGGGCAGCCGCCACGGAAGGAGGAGCGGGAUCGGCGAACGCGCCGACGAAUGAGUCGCUGCCCGCUGCGCGCGUCCAGUGCGGCUCAGGCUGUGCUAGAGGAGGCACGGCUCUGGCUGGUUGUGUCGCGUAGCUGUCGCCUAUUUUUUCAAAGUUUAGCCUUUAUUUUUUAUAUUCUCUUUAUACAAGCAAACCAAGAGAGCUCGGUCAUUUUUGUACGUGGUCUAUACGAGUAGUGUGUCCCUUCACCGUAGCGCUCCUGCGAUGCCUGCUAGUGCUAGUCUGUUUCCCGACAUGGAGCGAGGCAGCGGUCUCGAAGACCAGCGGGCCCUCCAACUUGCCCUCGAGCUGUCCAUGCUGGGAUUGAACAACGAACAUGACUCUCUGCACCCAAACUUCGAAGCCGACACGAGGAACAAAAAAAGCCAGAACACGACCGAGUGUGUGCCUGUGCCGAGCUCCGAGCACGUUGCCGAGAUCGUCGGCAGGCAAGGGUGCAAGAUCAAGGCUUUGCGGGCCAAGACCAACACGUACAUCAAGACGCCCGUGCGUGGUGAAGAGCCCGUCUUCGUGGUGACAGGGCGCAAGGAAGAUGUUGGGGCAGCCAAGCGGGAGAUUCUCUCGGCGGCGGAGCACUUCAGCCAGAUCCGGGCGCAGCGCAAGAACAACCUCAACGGCAGCCUCGCCCCAGGGCCCAACUCCAACAUUCCAGGCCAGACGACGAUCCAGGUGCGGGUGCCCUACCGGGUGGUGGGGCUGGUGGUGGGGCCCAAGGGGGCGACCAUCAAGCGCAUCCAGCAGCAGACCAACACCUACAUCGUGACGCCCAGCCGGGACAAGGAGCCCGUCUUCGAGGUGACCGGACUGCCCGAGAGCGUGGACGCUGCCCGGCGAGAGAUAGAAGCCCACAUUGCCAUGCGCACGGGGGGCUCCCUGGACGACGAGCCCCCGCCCCCCGAGGGCUCCUUCCCAGAGGGGCCCCCCUCCCGGCAGGACCUCUUCUCCUUCCCGGCCAAGUUGUACGCGGCCAACGGCGGUUUCGGCUCUGCCUACGAGUCUGACGAGGGCCUCGGAGACUCGCCCACCUUCGACCCCGCAGCCGUCGCCUGGCCGGACUUUGCGCGGGGGACCAAUGGGGACGCCUUCGCAGCCCCGCCCCCCGUGCGGGGUGGCCCACUGCGGCGGGACGCGGGCCCCGACAGCGUGGCGAGCUCGCCGACGGACUCCCUGGGCUCCACGGGAGGCGGGCCGCCGGCGCCAGGCAAGCGGGGCAAGCGCGACUGCGUAGUGUGCUUCGAGAGCGAGGUGGUGGCGGCGCUGGUGCCCUGCGGCCACAACAUGUUCUGCAUGGAGUGCGCCAACAGGGUGUGCGGCAAGGGGGAGCCCCAGUGCCCCGUGUGCCACCAGCCCUGCGCACACGCCAUACGCAUCUACUCCUAGGCAGACUACACUCGGCGCAGCCGCCGACGGACGUGACCGUACUCUCCUUUUUUUCAUCGCGUGGGCGGCGCUAGGCCCCUCCCCCGUCGCUUCGUGUUGUCUGUUGAGUGGCUGACCCCGUUUUCGUUUGCCGUUUGAGUGUGUCGGACCCCCGGGGGGCGGCCUUUAGGCGUCCCCCUCGUCUGGCUCUUCCGGGGAACAAGCGACCCCUUCCUUCCCGCCGACGUUGCCCGGAUUCGUUUGUCCUUUGCCGGCGCCUCCAUUCCCACAUUCACACAUAUUAUAUAUAUAUAUAUAUAUUAGUCAGCUGUCUUCACUGUCAACAUACUCAUUUUUUUUGUGAUCUGCCAGUUGUUAUAUUAUUACGAUGUAUUAUUAUUAUUAUUAUUAUUCUAUCGCAAUUACGCGUUGGGAGAGCCCCGUGUAGCCUCGAUAGUAUUCCUAUUUUUUUUUAAUUAUUAGUAUCACAAUAUUUUUGUUUGUGCGUGUCCUCCAACAAACGAGCAAGUCUUUAGCAACGCGCGUACCUUUUUAAUAAUAUAUUUAAAGUCAUCUACUCGGAGCCCUUUAUUUUUCAAAAAGCCCGGCCGCCGACCGCGUGCGUUCGGGGCUACCCUCCCCUUCCUUCGUCGCUGCCGCCACUUGCGUGUUCUUCCCCCCCUCGGAGUCUGAUCUCUCGAGCCGCCGUCUCUUAGGCGGCCGCAACUCCUCCGCCCCCUGUGCGCUCUCUCCCCCCCUCGGGCGCACAAUCUCUGAUCGGGGACGGCCCGUGGCUUUGGUGGGAAUAGCCGCCCUCGGGCUCCUUCAGUGUAGUCUUCCAGUUUUGCUCACACGCUGUUUGUCUCUUUUGGUCAACAACAACUUCCUCCGUGCUGCUGCAUGGGACGCGAGGGAGAGCUCAUUUGCCGCGUGGUCGGGCACCCGGGGUCUUCUUUUUAUUACGACUGGGCACGCGAGCUUGUACCUUCUCCCUCCCCCGUCGAAGGCGACACUGAAGGGCGGUCUAUGCACGGGGUUGCCCUCUCCCAUCGUCCCUCCUGCCGUGCCCAGGCAAUAAAGACGGCAGCUGAGAGGGAUAGCCUCUCCCGCCCUCCGUGCGUGCGCUGUCUCAUAGCUGUUGUCGGUCUCCCCCACUCUGCUGGUGCGUACGGUUGGGUCUCACGGACAUGUCUCCGAGGAGGGGCGGUCUUCCGCCCCGCCUCACCUUCCUCCUCCGUAUUCUUAUGCAAUUUUGGACGCGAUCUCUCCUUCCCGUCAAGGGGCGGGGGGGCGACAGUGCGGCGUUGUGGGACGGUCUCUUUUUCUACUUCGGGGAAGGGCUACUUUUGGGACGCUCUCGAAAGCGCCCCUGUCUCAAGGCGAGACUGCUCACAGGGACGGAGGGGCCUGGGGGCUACCCCCUGGGGCUACCCUCGGAACGUGGAAUGCACUGGCUGGCUGUUGUUCUCUUUUAGUGCCCCCUCUUGCUUAUUAUUGCGAAUGUGUAACCCUCGCCCACUUUAGGUUGUUUGUUUGAGGAAAGCGACAUUGUUUUUUGCAUCCCCCAAAGUAUAGGCGGAAGAGAGGAAAGAGAGAAGAGAUGCGCAUAUUAUAAAUUUUAACACGCAGUUCCAUGCUGAAAAUUUAUUCCCCGAUAUAUUUUAUUAUUCAAAUUUUAACUGUCCCCAGAUGGAGAUGUGUAUUUUUGGUGUUACAGAGAGAGUAUGUGUGUAUGCUCGUGUGUGUACUUUGUGUACUUAAGAAGAAAAAAAAAAAGACAAAGGGAGAAACAAAAAAAAAAAACUAUGUGGAGCUGGUGUUACUUUCCACGUUUGCCACCAGACAUUGCCAGCAGUGGCGCCCCCAUUGAACAGAGAUAUUGUAUAAAGGACUAUUUUGAGCUACCGUGCCAGGCGGAGAAGCCCGCGGCGCGGGCAGGGCUGCCUGCGCGACGGGCUUUUAAGCCGCCCUGGCCUUUUUCUUACAACACUGUGUCCCCCUUAGCAAUACCGAUGCGUGUCUGCGUUUGAGGCUAGAUGUGUAUUUUGGGCCGCGGCCCCCAUCCGUAGAUUGUCGACACGAGGGUACCUAAUACUUAAAAAGAGGAGAGAGUAACAAUACCACAUUGUCGGGUGUACCGCAAAGAGUAUCUAUAUACAUUUGAAUAUAUCCAACCUUUUGAGAUUCAAUUGGUUCGUAUUUUAUUACUCUGUACGUGACAUGUGAAUCGGAUUCUUGAUCCGUUCCUCCGCGUGGUCAGGACUCUUGUUUAUGCACAAACUAAACAUUGCCAAGUGAUUUUUAUAUAGAAGAUAUGACAAGAAAUGUCCCUCAUUUUAUUUGUUCCAAGAUAAUAUUACUUGUUAAUAAAUAUGUACGAGCGGAGUA